GUACCCCUUCCACAUUCACCGCGGCCCCGAGGCCAAGGAACCCUCCGGGCAGCAAAGAGUUAACCCCGAGGGUUGUGCUGUUGGGGCGGGGCAUCCGGAGCGGUGGGGGAGGCUGGACUCUCAGUCCCGGGACCGGAGGGCGGUGUGGAGAAUGUCCUGGCUUGGGAGAUCCCGUGUCCCAACGGGAUUGUGAGACUUCGCAGGGCCCAUGGCGGACGCCCAGUACAUCCUGCCCAAUGACAUCGGUGUGUUUAGCCUGGACUGCCGGGAGGCAUUCCGCCUGCUGUCGCCCACAGAGCGCCUCUAUGCCCACCAUCUGUCACGGGCUGCCUGGUAUGGAGGCCUGGCAGUACUGUUGCAGACCUCCCCUGAGGCCCCCUACAUCUAUGCCCUGCUCAGUCGCCUCUUCCGCGCCCAGGACCCCGACCAGCUGCGCCAGCUCGCCCUGGCUGAGGGCCUUACCGAGGAGGAGUAUCAGGCGUUCCUGGUCUAUGCGGCGGGUAUCUACUCCAACAUGGGCAACUACAAGUCCUUUGGUGACACCAAGUUUGUUCCCAACCUGCCCAAGGAGAAGCUGGAACGUGUGAUCCUGGGGAGUAAGGCAGCCGGGCAGCACCCAGAAGAAGUCAAGAGCCUCUGGCAGACCUGCAGGGAGCUCAUGUUCUCUCUGGAGCCGCGGCUUCGACACCUCGGGCUGGGGAAGGAGGGAAUCACCACCUACUUCUCUGGGGACUGUACCAUGGAAGACGCCAAGCUGGCCCAGGACUUUCUGGACUCACAGAACCUCAGUGCCUACAACACUCGACUCUUCAAGGGCGUCCUUGAGGACGGGAAGCCGUGCUACGAGGUGCGGCUGGCUUCGGUGCUCGGCGCGGAGCCUGCUCUGCAUUCUGAAAUGACUUCCAAGCUGAAGAGCUACGAAUUCCGGGGGAGCCAUUUCCAGGUGACUCGGGGGGACUAUGCCCCUAUCCUCCAGAAGGUGGUGGAGCACCUGGAGAAGGCCAAGGCGUAUGCAGCCAACAGCCGGCAGGAACAGAUGCUGGCCCAGUACAUAGAGAGUUUCACCCAGGGCUCCAUCGAGGCCCAUAAGAGGGGUUCCCGCUUCUGGAUACAGGACAAAGGCCCCAUCGUGGAGAGUUACAUCGGGUUCAUCGAGAGCUACCGAGACCCAUUUGGUUCCCGUGGAGAGUUUGAAGGCUUUGUGGCCAUGGUGAAUAAGGCCAUGAGUGCCAAGUUCGAGUGCCUGGUGGCAAGUGCAGAACAGCUGCUGAAGGAGCUGCCCUGGCCUCCGGCCUUCGAGAAGGACAAGUUCCUCACCCCCGACUUCACCUCCCUGGAUGUUCUCACCUUCUCUGGCUCUGGAAUCCCUGCUGGCAUCAACAUCCCCAACUAUGACGACCUGAGGCAGACGGACGGCUUCAAGAAUGUGUCGCUGGGGAACGUGCUGGCUGUGGCCUACGCCACACAGCGGGAGAAGCUGACCUUCCUGGAGGAAGAGGACAAGGACCUGUACAUCCGCUGGAAGGGGCCCUCCUUUGACGUGCAGGUGGGACUGCACGAGCUGCUGGGCCAUGGCAGCGGCAAGCUCUUUGUGCAGGACGAGAAAGGAGCAUUUAACUUUGACCAGGAGACCGUGAUCAAUCCAGAGACGGGAGAGCAGAUUCAGAGCUGGUACCGGAGCGGGGAGACCUGGGACAGCAAGUUCAGCACCAUCGCCUCUAGCUACGAAGAAUGCCGGGCUGAAAGUGUGGGCCUCUACCUUUGCCUCAACCCCCAAGUGCUGGAGAUCUUCGGCUUCGAGGGGGCUGAUGCAGAAGACGUGAUCUACGUGAACUGGCUCAACAUGGUUCGGGCUGGGCUGCUUGCUCUGGAGUUCUAUACCCCAGAAACCUCCAGCUGGAGACAGGCCCACAUGCAGGCCCGGUUUGUGAUCCUGAGAGUCCUGCUGGAGGCUGGCGAGGGACUCGUUACUGUCGCUCCCACCACAGGGGCUGAUGGGCGCCCAGAUGCCCGGGUCCGCCUGGACCGCGACAAGAUCCGGCCUGUGGGCAAGCCCGCCCUGGAGCGGUUCCUGAGGAAACUUCAGGUGUUGAAGUCCACAGGAGAUGUGGCUGGAGGCCGGGCCCUGUAUGAGGGGUAUGCGGCGGUCACUGACGCGCCCCCUGAGUGCUUCCUCACCCUCAGGGACACAGUCCUGCUCCGUAAGGAAUCUCGAAAGCUCAUCGUUCAGCCCAACACUCGCCUUGAAGGUUCAGAAGUGCAGCUUCUCGAGUACGAGGCCUCGGCUGCUGGCCUCAUCCGAUCCUUCUCUGAGCGCUUCCCAGAGGAUGGGCCCGAGUUGGAGGAGGUCCUCACCCAGCUGGCCACAGCUGAUGCCCGCUUCUGGAGGUUCCCCAGUGAGGCCCCAUCUGGCCAGGCUUGAGACAGAUUUAGGCAGCAACUCCCCCAACUCCAUCAAAUCAGGGCCACAAGUAGCCCCCCCUUUCCUGGGUAUGCUGGGGGAGGAGCUGGAGCUCGGACCUUGGUGCUACCUCAGCCGAGGGUGGUGACACUA